UAUUUUUUAAUUUAUUAAUAAAACAUGGCGCGUCUAACCUACGUCUAUAGAAUGGAGGACAUGAGUUAUGUGAACGUCGGCCGGAGACAAUUGCCCGUCAGUGCUGGUGAUGAUAAUUUAAUGAUGUUAAUGGAUUUAAAUAGCAAAGGCUUGUGCAUCGAUAGUCCACACAUUCGUGGCAAAGAACUCGAAGAGUUUACCCGCAAAUUUAAUUUACUAACCACGGAUGAAUUACAUACAUCAUUGGAGAUUAGCAGCAAAACCUUCGUAUCCGUUCUAAAUCAAUGCGUACAGUGUGUCGGUUGUCGACGCCUUGUCGAACGCCUCUUCUAUCAACUAUCAAUGUCCGGCCAUCCCACGCUGGAUCCCCUGGUACUGAAAAAUUCCUGUGUCCUUAGUAUAGCCGAAGAGAAAAUGAAAACACCACAGGCGCUGGGUACACUCCUCUAUCGUCAUCAUGAAAUUCUAAAUAACCUGCUGGAAAGUAAAUUAAGGAAUAAAACCCGAUGUGUGCUGCACUCGUUGGAUGCAUUCCGUUCGAAACCAUUUUCGGAAACGUGGCGUGAAGUCUGGUCCUCGAUGAAACACAAUUGUCGUGAUGAGUUGGCCGUGAUUGAGACAAAAGAACUGCAUGAAGUGUUGGAGAAUUAUCUCAAGAAACAUAAAUUCUGUAAUGGCUGUCGUACGAAGAUCGAAAAGGCCUAUAAAAUCUUAGUGGGUGAGACGACAACGAAAGAGAAAGGCUAUGUCGCCGCACUUUAUGCGAAUAUCAAAAAGUGUCACCCCGACAAGCAUAUACAUGUUUUCACGAAUAAAAUCGACUUUCUCGACGCUCUUAUAAGGCGCGCCGAACCCGAAGUCAACGGAAGGUGAGUUCA